AAACAGACAGCAAACAAGAUGGCGGGUUACGGUCCACCGCCAGGACGUUACAUAGGCUUUCAGCCUGGAGUUCAACCUAUAGGAUUUGAAAUGCAUAAUCAAGGUUAUCCACCUCCUGAUAAUUAUAACAGUCCUGGUUAUCCUCCUCCUCCACCACUAGACAUUUAUCACCCGACCAGGAAUGACAACUUUGCAAGCCCUGCUACCCCAGCCGCACCUUCGUACCACAACCACGGAGGAGAAAAUGACGAUAAUCUACCUCCGGUCGGCUUUGAAGGAAUCACAAAACCGAAGGAUCAGGAUACAGCUACGACUUCAGGAGUAAAACUGCAUGAAAGGGAUAGUCCUGUACCGCAAACUGAAUCAUAUUCUCCGAAGCACCGCGAAUCGCACCAAGUGAAUGUCAAACCAGUUUCACCUGAGGUCUGUAUUCCCAACAACUUUAUUUUAUUCUUAAGAGUUGUUUGUUGUACUUAUGUAGGUUUAGGGUAGGUGCUCUCUUUAAAAAUUCUGCUUUGGCCACAGUUCCCUGACUCGAAAAGUAGUUACGAGGAGGACACGUGAAAUAUCGCACAGUUGUUAUAUCAAAGUUUCAUCUGUGAUCACAAUGAACCGCUAUAAAUAUCCGCACGGGAUGACUUGUUGAACUUGUGUAUUUAAUGUUCAGCUGUUUCACUCUUACUCUGUUUACUAUUGAACACUGAGCCUCUAAAAUGAUUUUAUAAACCCUUCUUUAAUGUAAAUUAUCAACACACUGUAUGGCUGACAUUUUCCCCCUUUAUGAACAUCAAGCUGCAUCGUCACUUUGACAACUUUUAAAAUACACAACCGUAACGCAUGAGUGCCAUGAUAGAAUCCUAUCCCAGCUGCCAAGUAAAAGUGAGUAAAAUGGUAAAAGAGCAGAAUAUUGAGGUAGUCUGGCACUCCGGCCUGUAAGCUUUGCUUUGCGGUAACACGUGCAGUUCUGCUAAAGACGUCUUUCUGCUUCUGCGUUUCGUAAAUCAGAAAGAAACUGAAAAAUAUUUGAGAUCUAAACUCCUUUUCUUAAGAAAUCAUCUUUGACAGUAAUACGAUAUUGUAUCAUAAAUUGAUCGAGGCUUAAAUAGGUUGUAAAAUAUUCCUCAGGAGGCAACCGUUAUUAAGGGGGCAAUUUAUGCCCCACACCAAAAAUGUUAUUAUUGAGGUAUAAUAAUUACAGGAAUAUUCACAGUCCUUUUUUGGCAAAGAAAAUGAUAACUAUUUGAAAGCUCCUUUUGUAUCUCCAGUAGGUUUUUUAAGUAGAUGUUUCUAGCAGAUAAUCUGCUAGACAUAUAAUCUGAAUGGCAUAUAAUUGAUUUUUAUGUCAUUCAUACCUUUUUUAGGUUUCAUAAAUAGGAUGUUCAUUGCUACAACCAGCUGCAAAAGUUGUGAAGACACUAAUUUUGCCAAAAUCAACUUUGGAAAAGAAAAGCUUAUUAAAAGUAGUAAAAAUGGUCACCAUUGGCACAUAGUUUGAUCUUUGUCAAAUUUCUCAACUAAGUCUUAAAAGAAAAUGUAUGAGAUCAGUCAGGACAAUUUGUAUACAUGCACUUAUACCUGUCGGUACUUGGGGAUUAAACGGUUAAACUGUCCUACCAUGGUUUAUAUUCAAAUUUUAAAAUCUUUUGACAGGUGAUGAAAAAAGAUUAAUAUUAUCCUGAAUAAGUUUGCUGCAAUUUUGGUUACUGAUGAUUUUGAUUAAUAAAUUGCCCUUGACCUGUCAUCAAUAGCUGCAUCUUAUCAAUAGUAAUUUUCUUUGUCAAAAAACACACCUCAAAUGACAUUUUUAAAUUGAGAAAGUAUCUUUUGCUGAGAGAAGAUCAAAGCAACUUUGGGGGCAGAUAUUCAGCAGGUGUUUUGUUUUAAAUGUCAAAAAGGUAGUUUUAGGAUGUUUUACCAUGCUGUACAUACUGUGUGGUAAAGCCAAUCCAGUUAUAAAAUGGAUUGGAGACAUGCAGGAUCAAUUUACUGAAAGGGCUGCUUGUUAUUCAUGAGAUAUUUUUCCAUCACUGACAUUUUAGCCCUGUAUGAAAUUAAUUUUUUUGUAAUUGGUUGCUUUUAGUGCAGAUUGUUGAAUAAUUUAUUGAUCUGUUCAACCAUCUGGAUAUUCACAAUAAUAGUUUUCCUUUUUUCUUUCUUUCCUAAAAACAUUAACUUUUAGUCGCCACCAAACUGCAUGUGUUGUAAAUCUGCUCCAACAGUGCAUGACAGCCUGUAUGCAUAAUCAUUCUGGGCAACAAAGUUUUUUUUUCAAUUUUUGUGGUGGUUUGAAAUAGAAGUCGACAACUAUACUUCAUGAUUGACAAAAUAAUGAGGAAGAAAAAGACUCUUCAUAUAGCACGAAUUGUAAGAUGAAAUCCACAAGGAGCACUGUCCUUCUUCUUCUUUUUGAGUGAGGUUAACUUUGGAGAUGGAGAUAUUUUUUCUUCUCUGCAGUAUUUUGUUAUUAUGUUCAAAGUUUUAAAUAGAAGUUGAAGAACUUUAAUUCAUUGUUUUAUACAGAGUUUAACACAGGUUAAUAUCACCUCGUGUUUUUUAAUUUUCUGGUAUACAGGGUGUAUAAUAUUUUAGGUUUUACAUUUUGUAAAGAAUCACUAAAUCUGUUAAAAUACCCAGUUGCAAAAACUAUUCCCCUCUGCAACUACAUGCGAGUAAAAAAGUUAUAUGCCUGCAUACUGUACAUGUGUAUGAACUUACUUUACCAUAUAAACACCAAUGAAAUACUGGGCGAGCUUUCACGUGUUAUUUUCACGUGUUAUUUUCACAUGUGAAAGUAUCACCGUUGCUAUGCUCACUUGUGAAAUAUUCUUCAACACGAGAAGAGAAAUUUCGUAUCUCCAAGUGGCCAUGUAAUAUCCUCUAUGUAUCCAUUUACAUCAAUGAAUUAUUUCAAAAUGCACUAUAUUCAUGUACACUGUAAUAUUAAUUUCUGUUUUAUUUCAGCUAAGACAUGACUCUGAGUCUAACACACUUUUCUUUAAAGAUGGCAAAAGAAGAAUUGGUUAGUGGUCCAUCUACUUUAUUUUACUUUAUUCUUGUUUGCAAACAUGCACCUGCACUAUUGUCUAUACAUGUAGCCAAGGGUUUCAAUGCAAAUUGAAGUAGCUAGCAGGUUUGAAUAGAUUAUCCGACAGCUUAACAAGAGGCGUGGCCUCCUCUUCUAAGGGGUUUAGGUGCUCUCUCAGUAAAUUUUUAUUUGUCACUAUCUGUUGCAAAGUCAUUUUCUUGCCGUUACCAUAUGACUAUAAUAUCCAAAAAUGAUUUUGGAGCAGUUUAGGUGUACGACCAUGUCAAUCCAAUCAGUUGCAAUGUAUUUCCGAUCAGAAUGGAUACUAAAAACACAGUAAGGCUCAAUUGUUUUAUAAAAUUGGGGUAGAAAGUACGUUCAAGUCCAUCAAAUUGAAUUUUGUGUAAAGUUUUGACAAAGUCAAAGAACAACAUCCGAAAACAACGACAAGUAGCCAUUAACUUCUCUGAGCAAAGUAGCCAGACUUCUACUGGCUGUUGGCAUGACAUUGUCAAGAGGUUGACGUGUAUUAAAGUCUUUCUUUUUUUACAGAUUACAUCCUAGCUUAUGAAGUUGACAAUGACAAAGAUGCGGAGUGGCAACAAAAAAGAGAAGAAAAACGAAGGGAGUUUGAAGCAAACCUGGAAAAAGCUAAUCUUGAACUUGAAGCUGAAGGGAUUGAGGUACGUGUACAUGUAACUUGUACAUUGUACAAUAAUCCGUAUAUACUGUAAAUUUGCUGGUCACAUGUUCAGAUUGUUUUCAUGAAAACCUAAAGGAAUUCAGAACACAUUCAUGAAAUCAUUACAGUUGAACCUCCAUGAGCUACCACCUCUUGUAAGCGACCACUUUCCAAUGAUAAAUGACCUCCAAUCCAAAACACGAAAAUUUUCCCAGACAAAGCCUUACAGUUGGAAUCUCUAGUAAAGGACCCCCUUCUGUAAGCGACCACAACCACUUUUUGAGCCUGAUGGUUAAUGAUUUUCCAUUGUUUUUACCUCUUGUAAGCGACCACUUGACACAUUCUCUGAUCUCUACACAUGUAUGUUCGCUGUGUGCACUAUGCUACUUGGAAUAAUUAUAUGAAGAACUUAAGUGACAACAUGGAACUACACAUGUCGUAACUUAGACAUUGCAUGUAAUAAAUUAUCUUCCAUAAAGUAGGUGUGCCUGGACCUCUUCCCAGAAAAGGUGCCUUGUGGUUUGAUUCUUGUAAACAACCACCUCCCGCAAGCAGCCAAUGAGUCUUUGCAUUUUGGGUGGUCGCUUAUGGGAAGUUUGACUGUAUUGAAUUUUUUUUCAUGUGGGAUUUUUUAAAACUUCAAGUUUUGUUGUGUGGCAAUACUACAUUUUGGAAAUGUGUUACAUGUGCAUUAGGUGCUCUAUGUGUGUGCCUUCUUGUAGGGAAACCGGAGUAAUCCUGGCCACCAUAAUUAUUGCUUAUAAAUUUAUUCCAAUGCAAAAACUGUGUCUCUUUGACUUAUCUUGGUCAUGUUGGAAGGAAUUUGCAUAAGAGUGAAGACAGUUUAACUCAAUUCAGUUUCAAAAUACAAUCACUUCAAGGGCAUUGAAACUGGACAGUUGUCAUUGAUGUCUUGAAACCUAUUUUUGUCCUUAUUUUUGAGUUGGCUAUUUUGUCAUUAUAAUACAUAAUGUAGCAUGUGAAGUCAUUCUACCAUUUUCUUCAGCUCUACAGUGAAAAAACAGCUGAGCUACUUUGCAGCUUCAUUGCGGCAUGACAUUAGUGCCCCUUUUCUGACAGUACCAAUAUGAUUGAUGUCAAUGAUAUUUUAGAUAUUGGGAAGCAUCUACUUUAUUUGUUUAACACUUGCUACAUGUAGUUAUGAAGAAUAAGCCAUGAAAUUAGCCAAUUGGGAGCAGGGAAAUAUUUGAAUGAAUGAAUGAUAAUACUGUAUACAGUUGAUAUUACUGCUGCUGCUUGAAAUAUUUGUUUUAGACUUCUAGCAAUGGAAAGACAGCUUACAUCAAGGUCCAUGCUCCUUGGAAAGUCCUCAUAAAAGGUGCCGAGGAAAUGUUAAUGAAGAUGCCUAUUAAGGUAUUAAUAAUGACAUGAAAACAGUCUUUAAUUUGCUCUCCCCUGUUAGUGUCCAGCUCUGUUCUCUAGAUGCAUAGUUACAAGUAGUACAAAUUAUGUACAUGUACAUAAUUUGUACUACUUGUCACUAUUUUCAAAUCCAAACAAAAAAAAAACAACCCCUUUCUUAUGAAAAAUUGUCACAAAAUUAAUAUGCUUUUUAAACUUUUAAAUUAUUGUUCAGUCCACUUUUUCUUUCAUUUAUUUUACCUGUAAUUAAAGUUAAGUUUAGCUGACAAUUUAUGGCUGUAUUUUUUCCUGCAGGAGAAUGACUUGGAUACAAGAGAUUGGACUGAACGAUGCUUUGAUACCAUUGGUAUUCGUAAUCCAUUUGAACUCAGAGUUGGUGAGCUUCCAGACGAACCAAACUAUUUCACCUGUGCCUUUAGAAGAGACAAGAUGGAUAAGUAAGAGAUUGCCAUGAAACAAUCGUGAAUUCAUAUAUCUUAAAGAAGGGGUAGAAAUGCUUGUCAUUUUGUUCAGGGAUUUGAUUUGCAGAUUAUUUUUGAUAUCACCUAGGCUGUUCAGGACAGAGUCCUUAUACAGUGUAUUUUCAUAGCCAUUAGAUGGCUUAUUGUUUUGGAAAUGAUAUCUUUUAAAGUGAUGGUGUAGCUAAUUGGUGUUCUUCAGGGGCUUAACAAUCCCCAUUUUCUGAUAAGCAUUCUAUUUCCCUUAAUAAAAUUCAAGUCAUACCCACAUGUACCUAUAACAAUAGGCUUUUAUGUUAGAAUAUGCUUUGUUUUUUGUGGCGUUAACUUAAGAGGGUAGCACUUGCAUAGCGAAUAAGCUCAUGUCAUGGUUUGUUUGAGUGACAUUGAACAGGACUGGUGGUUUCAUGUGUGUGACUUUGCUGCACUAAACACUACCUCGAGGGCUGGCUUUAAUACUAGACAAGUGUACUUACAAUGAUCCUGUGACUUGUUUCAAUUCAUUGAACAAUUGACUUGUACUGUAGUCUAUGAGAAAGAAUUUUUACCUUAGUUAAUAUUUUGUCAGGGAAAUUUGCUUUGAGCUACAUUGUAUGUCUGGUGGUGCAUUUUGUGCAAACACUCCUGACGUGUUUUUCACUGUAGUCGCCAGACUUGAAUUUAUUAAGUGAGUACAGUUUUAAAUGAACAAAGGUAACCUUGCAAUUCUUUCUGUGUUUUAUUGCCAGAUUUUUAAUCCCAGACAACCGUGAUGAUUUCUUUACAAGCGCUCAAAGGAGCAAAAUAGUAAGUUUUAUUUUCCAAUGUAGUUUGAGGUCUUGAUAAACAACCCCUGUUGCCUUUUCCAUGUAGAUGUCAGUCUAAUAGUUAAAUUCAUUUUUUUACUUUCUUCCAUUUUGUGUCAAUGAGGCCCUGUACUACAUGUAUGUAACCGUAACAUUCUAAAAAGCAACAUGGCCUUGAAACAGCAACACAAGACAGAUGAUGUGGUGACAAAACAACAUGGAGAUUGGUUGAAACUGUGACAGGGACUUGAAAAUCACAAAUCAUACAGUAAUAAAAUUUGCCGACAGGAACAUGGCCCCCUCUGUCCCACAAUACUCAGAACAACAGGCUUUGAAAUGAGGACAAAGGGACAUACAUGCACAUGACCCCUUAUAAAGAAGGCCUCACAACUUCAAUGUACAUUGAAUCAUACUAAGCAUUUAACACAAAUAUGCCAACGUUUCAUUUUAGGUUCAUCGAAUUUUGAAUAAAACUCAGUAUGGAGAAAGAAGAAACCAGAUUGGUAUGUCUCAUACAUCUGUGUAACUAAUAUAAAAGAAAGUAAAGCUCCUAUUAAAUAGUUUACUUGAAACUGCAUAUCUUUUGUUCUCUGUAAUACAACCAUGUUCAUUGUACUGUACAUAAGAAUGUACUAGUGCUCCAAUUAACAGCUCAUUGUGAGCUGCAAUAUCUUUUGUUUGACAUUUGUUUGUUUGUUUGUAAUUUUGUUACAAAAAACUUAAACUUUUUCUAAACUAGGUAUUGGUCGUUUGAUUGGUAAUGGAUCAUAUAGUGCGGCUUACCCCCUACAUGAGGUUGGUAUCUAAUAUUGCUUGGCCCAGUUGUUCAAAGGUCGAUUAGUGCUAAUCUGAGGUUAAAUUUGAUCCGGGUUUCUUUUUCUUUUAUUCAAAAGCAUUUUCUGGGAUAACUUAUUGUCUCUAUUCUUUUAAGAUCAUCCAAUCAUCAUAUUGUAAAAUACAAAUAAAAAUUUACUGUCCCUUUGCUUCUAGAGCCAUUUGGAAGCCAUUUUAUUGAUGGUAAAGAUUUUGAGUUGUACUAACAAUAACAGUCUGCAAAUAAGGAAAAUUUUAGAAAAAAUUUACUGUCCCUUUGCUUCUAGAGUCAUUUGGAAGCCAUUUUGUCGAUGUUAAAGAUUUUGAGUUGUACUAACAAUAAGAUACAAGGGAAGGCUGGCGAGUCUGAAGCUGACCAUCCCAGCUCAAUAACUUGCCCUUCCCAGGUUUCAUCACAACUGCUCACCAAGCGCUUCAUUUAAAACUUUUUCCAACAGAUUUUUCUUUCUCGUGAUUCGUAUGAUUGGGCAACUGGACAUGACCUAAUCAUAUGUCAAGGCGACAGUUUGCUUCCGUCGGGGAGCGGGCACGGUGUAUUGCGAGUAGCACAGUGGGAUGGUCCCUUGGUCCAUUUGACCAUGAUCACAACAAAGUGUGUCAGAAAAUCGAGCACCCGGCUGUUUACACAACUCAACUCAAAUUGCAGACAUCGAUCGAUAGAUCCCCUGUGCUAUGAUGCUUUACAUGUAGCUUAUUAAUUUUUUUGUAUGUUGCCUUAUAUGUAGGAAUUUUUAGAUUGAUUAAUUUGUCUAAACUGUCUUUCAGGGUACUUACGAAUUGGAUAUGUCAUUUGAUCCUCCAAAGCCUCAAAAUCAUAGACAGGUAUUUCUAAUAGACUACCGCAAAUAAUACCAUAAUAAUCUCAAGUUACAAUUUUCAGAAUAUUGUGGUAUUUUUUGCAGCAGCCUUUAUAUUAUAACUUUGUGUCUUGGUUUCCCGAAACCUGCUAUCAGGGGCCUUUUGUUUUGAAGACAGGAAGUAAAUAAGUUAGUGCCUGAUACAUUAUUCUCACAAACUGCCAAAGGCGUGAGGUUCAGUUUUGUUGACUUGUUACAGUAUGAGCUGUGAACCUUAUUGGACAACAAUUGUGAACCAGAUUUCUUUGCAAUAUGUCAUAUGCAUGUGUUACCAAAUAGUUUUUUUUUACUUGGGGAAAGCAAACUACAUUGUACAACUGUACAGUCUGUGCCUAUAUUGUUAGAUGCCAGUUUGAGAAUUACACUCAAAUACUUUUGACAUAAUCUGAACCUUGAGAAACCGCCAAAAUGUGUUCACACAAACUAAUAUUAAAGCAUCAAUAGCAUUCUGCUCAUUAUUGACUACAACUGAAAGUUAUAAUGGAACUGUAUCAUAAUAGUGUAUUGGUUCUGAACCAAUAAAAAAGAACUCCAGUCUUAGGUUGGGAACAAGCUUUCUAUGGAGUAGGGAUGUUUUGUGGGAGAGACAUCUGCCAGAAUGACAUAAUGCUAUUCUGAUGACGUUAGAUCUGUCCAGAAUCUGGUCAGAAGGAUCUGAUUGGUCAACCUAGUAACAAUUAUUCUUUUAAGCAAUUUUUAGUAAAUGGCAGAAAAGGGACAAAUGAUGUAUUGUAAUGAAUCUAGUACAAAACAGACAUUAUUCGUGAAAUGAGUCUUCUUCAGAAACGCUGCUAUUCAUUUGCAGAAGGGUAUUUCUACUGUCAUUCCGGUGAACACAUGUCUUCCAUGAAACAUCCCUAGCAGUGAGGAGCAAGGAGAGAGGGCUCUAUAGAGAGGAGAAGUCGUUCCAUCACGUUGCCAUGGUAGCAAAAUUUUUGGAUGACAACAAACCGAUAAAGUCACUUAAAAGUCUAUUCAUACUAAUUCAAACUUCACCGAUCUUAUUCAGUUUCAUUUAAUUUGGCAAAUCUUGGCGAAAUUUUCUUUGGGACCAUAUCUAUCGUUAACUAAGUUUAGAAAAAGAAAGUGACAAUUUUUGUGUUGUGUUCACCUACUCCAUAAAGCGGGCUCGUGAAAUUAGGAAGUUUCAUGUCGUAGUGGUGCAAACACAGCAAAAAAAAUGUAGUAAAUAGCAUGGUGCACGUGCAAAGUUGUUGUUUGUUAAAAUAAACAUAUUAUUUUUUGCCGUUCUCUUUGCUGUUCUCCUUGCCGUCGCCAUCGUUGUUGGUUUUGUUGCCAUCCAGAAAUAGUGCCACCAUGGUAAUGUGACGUCACACUUCUCCUCUCUAUUGGCAGACUAGUUGCAACUUUUGUUAAAUAUGAUCUAUAAACGUGUCUCUCCUUCCAUUAAGAAACACAAUUUUGAUCUUGGUUAUCAGUUAAGUUUUGAUUUUCAAGUUAAUGAGUGGACUUUAAUAGGCUCUAACAAUCAGGUUUAAUUUUAGCACUAUUUGCAUCAUCUCCACCACAUGUCAAACGAUGCAUGCAUCAUCUUGUGAAUGAUGACCUAAACUUUUAAUAAUUAUUAUAUAUUUUUGUUAGUUAUUGUAUCAUACAUGGGUGAAAGCAAGUCGCUGGUACAAAAUGCAGCCACUGGAUAACAUCAGGUAAUACGCAACUUUAUCUCUGAAACGUCUCUAUUGACCUAUGUAUGCACUUCAUUUGUACUUGUUUGCUUCGUAUCUGUGCCUAACAAUAACAGAGCUUAAGACGACCAACUGAGAGCAAGAGUAAAGAUUGAAAAUCUUCAAAAAUUAUCCUGUCGUGAUUAUUUUUUAUGAUAGUGAUUUUGACAGUGAUGAAGAAAUUUCCAUAUUCUAUAAGUGAAGUGCUUAUUAUGUUCAUGUUCCUUUGUAUCCACUGUUUUUCAGGGAUUACUUUGGAGAAAAGAUUGGAAUUUAUUUUGCUUGGCUUGGUAAGUCCAUUUGCUGUCAAAUGGAAAAGCAUGUUCAUUUAACUUUAUACUUUAUGGCUGAAGAUUUUUGGCGAUAAGUGUGUCACAUUCCAAUUUUAUAUUUACAGGAUUCUACACAGCUAUGCUGGUGCCAGCAGCCAUCAUGGGUAUUAUUUGUGUCAUAUAUGGACUUGUCAAGCUGGGUUCUUAUAUCCCUGUGUAAGUGAUCCAUGUGGACUGUGAAGGGUAGAAAUUUCCAGUGAUUUUGCGUCCUACGUCCCUUACACAUAAAAAUCCCCAAAGAUGCAAAAUAAUUCAAUGCAUGCGUCCCGUACAACAUAAAGAAAAAUUGAUUGAUCUGAAAAUGUUUUUGUAGAAAAUCUUGUUCGUGUGACAUCUGUGGCUGUUAAUGUGGUUGUUGUUUAAUGAUCCAUAUUUAUUUUAGUCCCCUCAUUUUUGUUGUUUAAAUAGAAGAACUGUAUUUUAAUUUCAGUAAAUUGUGAUUAAGAGUUUUGGAGUCUGUCUUCAGAUUCAGUAACUGCCUGUUUACGUAGAACUCCUUAUUUUUUGAACUGGGACUCAAUGGUUCUGGACUGGGACUCACGAUUUUUCACAAUAUCAGUCCCAGAUAGACUAUUCACAGUCUCCUAUUUUUCCGUAAGACCGUCAAGAUCGAGUGCUUUGCGUUACUGGCGGCCAUCUUGGUUUCAUAUGUCCCGAGGGGGCGGGCGUCAGAGUUUGUAGGGGGUAGGUGUGGUAUAGAUGUAGGGUAAGCAUUACAGGGCCUCAGCGACAGCACACCUGUACAUCCCCACCCCAAAAUUCCUUCGGUACCCCACCGGGUCUUAAACCCAUGUUAUUAAAAACACUAGGUAUAACUAAGAAUAUGAGUAUGGAAGUUUUGAUUAUCUUGGGAAAAAAUCUCGACAAUUCUCACAAGAAAGAGUACUGCAUACAGUUUAUAGUGGGUAGUUUUGAUGCAGUUUAAUCUGGUAUAGGGUAUAGAAAUAGAGAGUUGUUUGGGUCUAGAAUAGGUUAUCAUUUUCUUGGAAGCCAAUAGGGAUAGGGCAUUGAAAUCAGAGACAAAGCCUUGCUUCAUUAUGAGCUUUUUAUUCGUGUUGCUAACUUUUUAAGUGGGGUGCCUUUUUUUCAUCAUCAAGUAAACACGUUUUUCACAAAUUAGAAAACAGGGAAAAAGGCAAAAACCACAAACAUCAAAAAAGGGUUACUUAUUGCAGCCAGAGAUUUCAUGAAUGAUACUGCGAAUACUUAGCAAUUUACUUCCUUUAGGAAUGACAUUUGUGACGAGAAUAAGAAAAAAGAUUAUCCAAUGUGCCCUCGCUGUGAUAAAGGCUGCCCUUACUGGCCUUUAUAUGAUACUUGCAUUUAUUCCAAGGUAGGUCUGAGUCAUGCAGUCAUUAAUCUUAGUGUUGUGAAGUACAAAUAACUCGUUAACAAGUUAGCUCAGGAAUUCAGUCCUGGUUGUCGUUGUUACACUUCUAGCAAAACAUCAGUGAUGAGUCACACGAACACUUUGCUCUUUCUUCUUCGUCGUAGUUAAUCUCUUCGUAAUUUUUACGGGCGUACGCACAUAAAUUUUACGCGCUUAAAUUACUGUAAUGGGGGCGAUGUAUGGAAUGUCGCGCGUGAAUAUAAAAGUUAAACCUCGCUGACGCUCAACUAUUACUUUUACGCCCUGCCUUUUUUUUAUACUUUGGCUCUAUUUUAUAAACGCAACAGUGGAAACCCACCCUUUUUCUCUCACCCCUUCUCUUUCUUUGACGUGUCCUCUGAAUGAUGUUUUUCGGCAUGUAAGCAUUAUGGCAAGUUACAGUAUCUUGUCGUAACAGUUUACGAAUAAUUUUAACUGUUUACAUGAGCUUAUAUUAAUCGAUGCUAUUCAGAGCUCACUUUGAACCACAUACAGCUAUGAAUGUAUUUUUAUAUUACUGUUUCAGGUGGCGUACGUAUUUGAUAAUGAAUUUACUGUGGUUUUUGCCAUUUUCAUGUCACUCUGGGGUAAGUUUGGCACUUGCUCGCGUCCUGUAAUGGCUGCCAGGUCUUUCUGCGAGUCUUAAGCCUGGUCAGUGACAGUCUAUUAAAUUAAAUACACUGUACAUGCAAAUCAAAGUCAGUAAGCGCCUUUUUUCAUUGAGCGCUUUCUAUCAUUCUUUUUUUGUAUGGUGACAGUCGAGGAUUUUCUGUGGUUGUUCUGUAUUUUCUUUAUUUGUCAUGCGUUUUAUACAUGAGCCUCCCGCUCGGAUACUUGGGGCAACCCUAUCCCACGCUAUGACACUAAAAAAUUGAUUAAUCAAUUGAUUGAGUAACGUCCUAACUUUCCAACAUAUAAACUUGCCAAAGAAGUUCUUAAGUCAACUCAAUCCAGCCCAGUUACGCGAUUGAAUUCAGAUUGAUUAGAUUUAGUUCAGGCAAUAGUGUAACGUUAGAUUUGGCUGGAUUAGUAACUGGAGCAUCCCUACAGUCGUCACUGGGCUUCAGCAAGUUCAAGUGUUCGAGUUGCAACUUUGUUUGUGUGUUAUAUUUUCCAUAAAUUUGAACGAUGAUCUUUUCCACAGCGACCAUGUUUCUGGAAUUCUGGAAGAGACGGCAAGCAGAGAUUGCAUAUGAAUGGGAUCUGUUGGGGUUCGAGGAUGAAGAGGUGUGUAGCUAGUGAAACGAUAUCAAACUAUGUUCACACUAUCGAUACCCAGGGCUCGUACAGUGUCUUGAAUUGUUGAAAAAGUCUUGAAAUUUGCCCAGCAAUUUUCCAGACAUGGAAAAUAGAGGGAAAGUCUUGAAAAAAAUAUAAUGGUAAAAGUCAGUACUUCACAAGUGAAAUUUUUUUAGUGUUUGUCAAAUCUUAUUCAAUCUCGUCUGCAUGUCAUGGAAAAAGCUUUUUUCUUGCGUUUUUUGUAAGGUCUCUGUUGAUAACCUAUUUGAUAAACUCAUGUUUUUUGUAAAAAAGUCUGGAUGAAGUCUUGAGUUUUGGAUCGAAAUCUGUACGAACCCUGUAUGCCGGAUACCGACACGAAAAGGUAUCUGGUUCCGUUUCUAGGGAUCGGCGCGGCGCGGGGCAGCUUUGCUUCGUUACAGAAAUCGUCCCGAAAUCACCGUUCUUAUCUGUGAACAGAAGCCCCUAUCCGAUAGACUAUGGUUUUGGUGCCGGCGCAAAAGCUACCUGUUAUAUUGAAAACAUAGCAUAAAACAACUGAUUGUCGCGUUUAUCACAAAGAUUUGUUGCUCGAUCUCUUUUGAAACUUCUGUAGCAUUGGCUAACAGUGAAACCAACUUCAAAAGUUGUAGAUGUUAAUGCCAUUUCAAUUAUUUGAAACAAAAGACUGGUCACAUAUACUUUUAUAUUUUCAUUAAUUUGGACUCACGCAUUGUCACAUGGUUUUUGCUCUACUCAGGAACAACCUCGUCCUGAAUACGAGGCAAUAGCCACAGAUACACGCUUGAAUCCCAUCACCAAGAUAGAGGAACCAUUCAUUUCAGUUGGCAGAAAAGUACCAAGAUUUGUGUGUAGCUUUGGCUUCAUCCUUUUCAUGGUAAGGUUGUGGUAAGGAUUACAAACAGAACGCAAUUUACGGGACACCCACUUCGUCGGAACCUAUCCAGGUUUUCUUUAUCACUAAGGCAAGCGAAUCUUGAUAAACUGUAUUUUGCUUGUGUUAUAUUGUGGGAUUAGACCUAUUACAUCCUUUAUAGCUGCAAAAAGUCUUUGGCGAUCGCUCAGUGUCCUACUAAAUUUAGCCUAUCUUCGGCAAAAUCUUAACAAUGGUGAGAUGAUUUUCUCACUGUAAAUCGGUGAGAUCUGUUUUAGCCCUAAAAAUGGCGCUAUUUCGAUGAGUAAAAUACAGUCCUAUUUUUGGGUCUGAUUUGGCUCCCUUUAUCAGGGCCAAUACAGUCCAGUGACUUAGGGCUGAUUUGGACUCAAGGGCUGAUGAGUCCCAGCUUACGCUGGAACAGCCUUUUAAGGGCCGGCUCUUUUGGCUUAAACUGUGCUCAUCUGGCUCCAGGAGAGGCAGAAUCAGACUUCAGUACCCGCAAAGUUGAUAACAAAGCCUCUCGUUUAGCAAAUGAAUAAAAUUUACCUUGAGUACAUGCAAAUUGUAUAACCAACGAAAUAAGAUCAUUGCAGCCAAUGUGGGUGAUGAAUGAUCAGUCUACCAGUGAAUUCCGGGUCUACCAUUCUAUUGCAUCCUUCAUUGAGUUCCACCACAAUCCAAUGUCCUUUCGAGAGCGAAAAAAUAAUUUAACAGUUCUAGCUUUUUCAUUAUGAAGCUUAAGCAACGACGACAGUAGUGAAAACGUCGCUUAAAAAAAUGAAUUUGUGUCCUUUUAAACUUAUCCUGUCUACUUGGACCCGCUCAAUUUGUCAGAUGUAGACGAUUUCUCCCAAUUCCGAAUUAUUAUGGGCCUUUAUCCAGUUUUAAAAAAAAUUCGUCGUCGUAUAUUCAUGUCCUCCAUAAAACGUCGCAUUAAGAGGUUUCAUGUCGUAGUCGUGCAGUGGACGUCAAAGAAAUGUACUAAAAAGCAUGAUGCACUUGCAGAGCUGUUGUUUUGCUUGUAAAAUCAAUUGUUUUUGGACGUUGUCGUUGUUGUCGUUGUCAUGGUUGUUUAAGUUCCCUAAUAUCUCAAUGUAGAAGGACAAAUCAAACAGCGAAUGGAAGGCGUGAGCAGGGAGUACGAAAGUUUCCUCUUCGCGCAUGCUCAUCACUCGACCUCACAUCCUGCUUCCUACUCUCGUUAAUCGCUCUUCAUGUAUCUAUUUUACAACCGGCUUUAAACUUAGUGUUGGUCACUUGGAGGCUGGAAGAGUAUCAUCGGUUACGUCUAAGCGUGGACACGAGACAAUAAAAAAAAAAUAUGUUGUAAUAGGGUUCCAGGCAUGACGUGUUUUGCCGCCAAACAUUUAAAGUUUGACAAACUUCGAAUAUUUGUCGGCAAAACAUGUCAUGUUUGCACCCAAUUAGAAUAUGUUUUUUUGUCACGUGUACACGCUUAGAUGCAACCGAUGGUAAAUGUUGAAUGUCAUAUACCGUAAUUCUGUUUCAGCUGCUGCUUGUUCUUGCGGCGGUGUUUGCCGUUGUUGUAUACCGUGCUGCCGUUUACGCUGUAUUAGCUGCUCAACAUGACUAUAACAUGGGUCUUGUUAGCGUCGCUACGUCUGGCACCGCUGCUCUUCUCAACCUCAUCAUUAUUAUGCUUCUUAAUAAGGUAACAAUAGUUCAACCUACCUUACACCUACUCUCGUUAACGAUCGACUUGGAAAAAAAAUCCUAGUGACCCUCAAAUUUAGCGAUAUAACAUACAUUCUGACCUUUAAAUAACCUAAAUGUAGUUUUCACCAUUUCACGAACUGAAUCUAUGGGGAAUUUAUUCAAAAAAUAGUCGUGACAAUAAUAGACCCUAACACUGAAGAUUGUUAAUGCAUGGCAACCUUUAACUCACUUGUGUUGUCAUAUAAGCAAAAUCUUGCAAACAUCUGAAACUUAAGUUUGAGGUAAACAAAAAAUAAACUGCAAUGCAGUGCUGUCACAACGUAUAUAUCGACAUAAGUGGGCUUGGCCACCCAACAUUGAAAGGUGAAUCCUCUUCCUUUUUAUCUUCUUGAAUUUUUUUUUUUUUCGCUGUAGCGAGGGUGUAUCCCAAUAAAUCGGCAUAGUUUUGCUCCUCAAAUGUGUGCCUAACUCUUGAGUUUCUUUUCUUUUUUUCUCCUUUUUUUUGAAGGCAGUUUAGUGAAAACCAAAUCGCUGACUAAAAACAGCUUUGUUUAAUUGCAGUUUUAUGAGAAACUAGCUGAAACUCUAACAAGAUGGGGUAGGUAUUUGUAAAAUGUUUUGCAGUAGAUGGUGUACUGACUUACUCUGCAAUGAUAAAUUACUGAAUCGCCACAAACCAUAUUUACCUUGAAACUCAAGGCUCUUUGCCCGUUGAGAGUUUCUUGGUAUUUUCGACAAAAUAAGUUGCCAUGUGAUCCGUAAAUAUAUCAUGAAAAACGCCUCGACUUGUUAAUCACUUUCUGGGGACUGUUUAGACUCGCUCUUGUUGUCUGUUCGUGCUCGUGUUACUUAUGUAUGGUUACCGCCUCCCAGAUAUCCUGUGCCUGCCCGGCGCUGAAGCAAUAGUCCACCAUGUAAGAAAAAGGAAUUGUAACCCCUGGGGUUAUAAAUGGUAGUGGUGGGCGGGGAGGGGGCAAGGGGAUGUUAUUUGGGAAAAAAUUGAACCAUACAUUAAAGUUUGAUAAAUGGGGCUUUAACUUCCCUCCAGAGACUCUUAAUGCAGAGAUCCUCGGAUUCAGUGUACCCUCCUUUAUUAUAUGCAAAACGAACCUGUAUUAAGCUAAGACAAUGUAGAGACUUCGCGUAAUACAAGUUUAUCGCCAUAGAAACGCAUGUUUGAGAGUAGUUUUCUUAUUAUUCUAAACAGAGAUGCCUCGUACUCAAACUCAGAUGGAAGACAUCUUUUCGUUCAAGAUGUAUCUCUUCCAGUUCGUAAAUUAUUACUCGUCGUUGUUUUACAUUGCCUUUUUCAAGCUCAGGUAAGCGAAUCCUUAUCUUCUCGACAAUCCGUUUCCAACUUAUGUACACCCAAAUAACAGACAGUUGUUUUAGUCUCUCAUAACUCGUGUGCGGUGACAAAGAAUAGUAAAAUGUACUAUCGUACAAUUAACGAUUAAUGUUUUGUUUUCAGCCCUGGUAGACCCGCAGGCUACAACAGAAUUUUUGGGAGAUACAGACAGGAAGAGGUAAGAACUUCCCACAUGCAUCUCUUGUGUAAUACAAAACAAUCACGUGCAAGCUUUCACUUCUUGAUGUAGCUCCCAUUCUUGAAGUGGCUAAACUCACCAGUCGACAAAAAUUCCCAAUUUCUUGGUGUAAACUGCUGAAAAACAAAUGUUACUAUGUGAAAGUACCGCCGAAUAGGUUCCCUUUGAAUGGUCACACCACAAGAUAUCGUUUACAGGCUCAAAAAUUAGAACAACCCAUCAAGACUCCAUCAGUCUCAGUCAGAGGUUGCAAUUAAAUAAGAAGGGUGAAAUGAAUCCAGGGAUACAAGAACGUCAUUGAUAAGUUGUAAGUCAGCUGUCGGACAUUUUAAUACAACCGUGAUGUGAUGUCCCUCACUUCUGAAAAGAAUUGUUCUCUAUGAAAAGCCGUGCGAGUGAUUAAACACCGGGCUCGAAUGAACCAAAUAAACGGGUUCAAACGAACGCAAGGGCGAAUCUGCUAUGGUGGCGCGUAUGAAGAUUCCUUAAAAUUACUUCAGUUUUAUAGUGUACGCAUUACCUUAGUAGCCUGUCCACAGGCGUUUUUCUUUCUUUCUUUUAUUUUCGACAGUUCGACUGCGCUCACGAUCGAUAAAUCUCCCGCGUGCUCAAAGAUCUCGUUAGAGAAAAUAAGAGGAUCUCUCUAUUGCCGUAGCGUCUUCGUGAAUCCGUUUUGAAGUUUCUUUUGUGUUCUUUUCUUUAAGUGUAACCCGGCUGGGUGUUUGUUUGAGUUACUAAUGCAACUGUCAGUCAUCAUGGUUGGAAAGCAGAUCUUUAACAACACCAUUGAAAUCAUCUUACCGUAAGUACCUAUCUAACAGAAACUUUAACGUGCCAAUCACACUACCAGUCAUAUCUUGGUUCUUUUUUUUUUUUCAACUUUUAACACUUCUCUUGCCAUGCGCAUAAUAAGGACAGCAUCUGGGCAAAAUAUCGGAAAACGAGUAUCUGCUCAGCCGUUUUCAUUCGAAUGAUAAAUUUUUGGUUUGCUUGUCCACGGAGUGCGUGAUAAAUGUGGUGUAUUAGUAAUUGGAGCAUUCCCCAUAAUCUGUCUAAACCAAGCAAAGCAGGUACAGCAAUAAGGAUGUAAAGGAAGAUGAGGUGUGAAUCAUCUUUGGGAUUUAUUUUUUACAGAAAGUUGCAGAACUGGUGGAGGAGACGACAAAACAUUGAAGUACCUGACCUUUCAGGGUACACUCGCUGGGAAUUGGACUACGACUUGACGCAGUACCCUGUUCAUGGACUGUUUUACGAAUACUUGGAAAUGGGUCAGAAUAUGCUCUUGUAGUAACUUACAAAAUACCCCACUUGAAAAACUCUGGGAAGAAUGGGUACAAACUUUGGGCGCAGUGACUUGUGGGAUCGUUUGGUGCGGACAAGCGCUAGUUAUGAUUGGCCGAUGCUAUUCAAGGGAACAUUAACCAAUCAUAGGUAACACUUGUCCACCCAAACGAUCCCAGGGAUCGUUAAUGUAAUGGAGAAUACCCCUGAAAGACUGUGUCCUGCAAUAAUUAGUUGCGCCAUUUAAAGCUAUCAUCAGUUGCCAUCAACCUAAAGCUUUCAUCUUCUACUUUCAAAGUAUCACAGCGCGUUACUGGGACUUUCAGUCCAUUUUCAGAUUGAUAUUUUCUCGAAUUUCACUGCAUUCGCAAACGUGCGCAAGGGGUUUCUUUGUAGUUACCUACAUUCUGCAGACUAGUUCAUCUCUAUUUGAUCUCGCUUAAUACUCUGAUGGGGUCUCUGAUUAGCUGAGUGAUGAAUCUUAAAGUAGCCUGAAAAUCUAUCCCGCUGAGAUCCAUAGUCAAUUGCGUAAGAACUAUGGUCAAACUUGAUUCUGGCGUUGAAGGAAAGAUUGUGACUAGACAGUGUGUGUUAACUUUGAUGUUCUACGUCCAAAUAUAUGCAGCUGGCCCAAGGUCUGAAAUGUCCAAGACUCACACCCACGCUCACUAACCCGCUUUUCUCUUGUGACCCUGCAGGAGUGUACAAAAUCAGUUGUGUUUUUACUUAAAACUGGUGACUCACAGAAGCGUGAUUGUUGAUCUAAUUAAUUUAAUUCUCUUUCAGUGAUCCAGUAUGGUUUUGUUACCCUUUUUGUGGCGGCUUUCCCUCUGGGUCCUUUUUUCGCGCUCAUUAACAACUUGCUGGAAAUCCGUCUUGAUGCUUACAAAUUCAUUGUGGUAUUUCAGCGACCAAUGGCCGCUCGAGCUCAGGAUAUCGGUAAAUAAUAACUUGCGUCUUAAAGCAAAUUUCUUAGUGUUUAUAUGAACUAACAUGCUUUACUUUAUUUUCGUCAAGGAAUCUGGUACAACAUUCUCAAAGGCGUCACCAAAAUCUCUGUUGUCGUUAACGUAAGUUAAUUUGUCUCAUCACUUACUGAUUUGCUGUAAGGGAUUGCCGGUAAUUUUAUAAGCUCACUUGAAGAAAAUUUGUAUUACAGAAGCAGUGAUAAACGUAGCGUAACAGCUUCCACAAUUUUAAGGUUGAUAAUUUAUUCCAAGACUUGUCGAUUGUUUUGUUGCUUGACACUAAAGCUUUGGAGAGGGUGAAGGCUCGGGAAUGAAAAGAAAGAUUCUUAGAUACUUCUUCAUACAAGUCCCCACCUGCACUCUUGUAUUGACUCCCAUAUCUUUUUGUUUAGGGAUUCGUGAUUGCGUUUGUGUCCGAAUUCGUCCCCAGACUGUACUACACGUUGGGUAAAGGCAAUGAUAGCUUGGAAGGAUUCGUUAACAACACUUUGUCUUGUUUUGUGGUAACUGAAUUUUCUGCUGAUGAGAGACCAAGUGGAACAGACGCGGAUGUGCUUUGGAAAGACUUCAAUAACAACAGCUGUGGAUUUAAGCAGCCCACUUGCAGGUAAUGUAUAUCCAACGCACAUUAAGUCACGUUAGACUGAAGCGUGCGGCACGCUGUACGUUAAGCCACUGACGGGCGUAUUUUCUCGUCCACGCGGAAACAUUUUUAUACAAGGGAAUUUUUGCCGUGGGGGUUUUCCCGUACAAAAAUGACGGGGCACUCGUUUUGUGGGCGAAUUGACCAGUGAAUGUGUGACUCUUCCCCCGACAAAGGAGUGCAACGCAGAUCGGCUGAGAUGCGUCCCGUGUUGGUCUCUUGAGGUCUCUAUUUCCUUGAUAAAUUCCAUCGACACAUCUUGGUCCGAUGGACCCGGUCUUUCUCUUCAGCGUGAUCUACUCUAUACCUCUAGAAGUAUUUUCGUCGUAUGCGAGGUUGGAAUACCCUUCGUAGACAGAAAUUUGGGAUGCGCGAUUAGAGAUGCCCAGAGCUGCAAAUAACCGUUGGUCAUCGGACAAUGUCCAACUAAAAUUGUCUUUUUUUCUGACAAAAUCCUACUUCUUGUGGUCAGACAUUAUGAAUGGAGAGAUCAAAUACUAAAGUGAAAGGUGUAAAAAUUAGUAUAAUUUGCGUCCUACAAAACCUUCCUGGUUUUUCCGUAAUGUUGUCGGACAUAAUGGUUUGCGAAUAGGCCUUGUUUUGUGUGAAGGGCCAAGUCCUGUUCGUAUAUUAUCUUAACUUCUUAACUUAAGGCGCUUAUUUUAUACAUUUCAGAUUCCGUGGUUAUUACGAGCCUCCUUUUAUAACGAUAUCCAACCAAAGCUUUCCAAAUCCUGACAGAUAUCAGUUUUCCACAGCCUACUGGCACAUUCUGGCAGCUAAACUCUUCUUUGUGGUUGCUUUCCUGGUAAGAACACUGUACUUAUUUUGCAUGUCUUUCCUCGUUUGCAUCAUUGGGUUGUUGUUGUUGAUGAUGUCGUUUUUUUUAAAGUUUAUCAAAACGGUGCUAUACAUAUACAGUCAAAUUUCUCUUAAAGGACACCUUGCUAUUAUAGACGGUCUCCCAAUAAGGCGGACAUUUCUCGAAGACGGACGCAUAGCACAUAACAUAUCAUAAAAUUUAUUGUACUUCGAAUUUACAUAGUAGCUCUAUUGUGUCCGUCUUAAGGUUGAUUUCCACUGACGCGUUUUUGGCUACGUACGUUAACGCACGUAAAUUGUAAUCACGUAAAUAAAACAGAGGCAAGAUAUAAAGUGUUGAGAUUAAACGUGAAGUUGAGCGUGGUGCUACUUUUACGCUUACGUGCUACCUUUCAUACACUGCUUCUAUUUUAUUUGAGAACGUAAAUUUUACGCACGUACGCACGUAAAAAUUACGCGACAGUGGACAUCAUCCCUUAGAGAGAGUUGAUUGUAGUUACAUGUGAAUGCCUUUCAUCUCGACGCAAUUUUUUUUUUCCUGGAAAGAGCAUAAGAUACAUAGUGAACUGAAAGUAGACAAAAACAAACACAGAAUUUAAUUUAUUCAGGUGUUAAUUUAAGCUAGUUAAGAACUUGCCUGGGUCUUGGGGGUUGUGAUGUGGGGUUGACUGUGGCACCUACGGCAAACGCUAAGACAGGGCUAACGCGCGAGGCUCAAGGAGCACGAGAGAGCCUGUCUCCCUUUUCGCCCAUAUCUCUCCCAAGCGCCUGUCAUGGUGUCUAAAAUACUCGCUUAGCAGACUUCUCACUAGUCGUUGUGGGGGGUACUAAUGAUGCUGUGAGGCACCAAAAUUCAGCAAUAAAACACGCUACCCUGGUCAAUACUGUACUCAUGCUUGCAACUAAAACACUCGAACAGUUACUGCCGUGGACAGCUCCGUGUAUCGCUCUUCAGAUUAGUGAUUUCCUUGUUUUUCUUUUUUAACCAAAAUAAUGCAGACCUUACCAUUAGUUUAACCUUUAUCUUUUCACAGCACAUUGUGUUUGGCAUGACAGCAAUCCUAGCCUGGAUUAUCCCGGAUGUUCCCGAAGAAGUUGAUAAUCAAAUCAAGCGAGAGAAUUUCCUUGCCCGCGAGGCCCUGCGGUCGUCAGAGCAGCACGAAGCUGGGUCCCCUGAGCCUCCUGAAGACAUGUUGUAGAGUUUGUCGCAGUACAUUUUCAACGGUCCAUUACCUGGAGCGAGUAACUAAUUCCUAUGCCAAAUUUAUGUUGCGGCGGUCUGAAAGAAUAGCUAAUUUUUUAACGCAUUUUCUCGCGGUACCGGAAACGUUUGCAUACUUUGUGUGAUAUACUUAUUUUUGUUUUCCUUAUUUUUCUUAUUUUUUAUUUUUGGACCUGUUAAAUAGUCUAAACAGCAGCAAACUCUAUCCAAAAACAAUUUGGUUAGUGAGAAAAGACGCGCUGAGAAUAUACACGGUAGUUGCUUGUCUCAUAUUAGUGAAUAUACUGAAUUUAUUUAAAGUUUUGUUAAGACUGCUUUUAAGGCGUCGUCUAACUUGAGGUCUUUAUGGAUUGUUAAUAUUAGCUUACAAAUACCAGAAAGCAGCCAAUUUGGAGAGACCUAUUUCUUGUUAAGUAUUUGAACCGUAAUUGCAAGUGAACAAGUAAACAGUAGUGUACCUUAUUUUUUGGAAUAAGCGCUCGACCUCGAAUUAGCGCCCCCCUAGAAUAAGCGCCCAUCCUAAGGGCAGAAAAAAUUAAUACGCGCUAAGCCUCGAAUAUGCCCCCGACGCAUAAUAUAAUUUCUACAUAAACGAACAUUUAAAUAAUUUGGAACGCGACAGAAAGUAGAAUUAAAGGAAUUAUACUCUACCCAGUACGAAAACCCGGAAUAAAAAACCCAUUGGGACAACAACAACAAAAAAAACCGGGAACGUACUCCUCGAUCGAAUGCAGUGUAUCGAGCUCCGAGGAUGAGAGCUUUGUGAGGGAGGGAGAAUCCAGAGUUCAUUGAAGCUCGUGAGGUGCAUUAAAUUGAUUAUUGGUUUGGCAGGUCAAAAA